AUGCCUUACCUCCCCACCUCCCAGGCUUUCCUGGAGCAGUCUGCCCAGCUUCUAGAGGCAUACCCGGAUACCACCCGGAUAACAACAAAAUACCACUUCCCAACCGAAACCCCCGGCGCCCGCGCCAAACGCUCAAAAUCACAAGCCAAAAAGGCCACCACAUCCUCCCCAGACACCCAACCCGCCUCAACACAAACCCAAUCCGCCCCCGUCGCCGCUCUCACCCUUAAAACCUACAAUCCCACCACGGGCAUCGUCCUGCAGUAUCAGACCAAUAAGAUCGCCGAGGUUAGCCGGUUGAUUACGAGUCUGGGAAAGUUGGCCGCUGGUGCGGAUGUUGCGAGUCUGGGGUUGUCGGGGGCUGGUGUCGGGGGUGAUGUGGAGAUGGUUGAUGCGCCGCCGGUUGAGGAGAAUGUUGCUACUGCGCCUGUUGUGAGUGGGAAGGGUCAGGGUCAGGGUCAGCAGGGCCAGGGUGGGAAGGGGAAGAAGAAGGGUGGGAAAGGGAAGCGAUAA